ACAAAUAGUCACUCUCUUGUGUUCUCUCAUUCUCUCGUUCUCAACCUCUACUUUUGGUUUGAGAAAAUAUCACAUCACACACAAAUGGAAGAGACCAAAUCCAAGUUCAAGAGGAUUUGUGUGUACUGUGGAAGCAGUUCCGGUAACAAAGCAAGUUACCAAGAAGCUGCGGUAGAACUAGGCAAGGAGCUGGUCGAGAGAAGGAUUGAUUUGGUCUAUGGAGGUGGUAGCGUGGGGUUGAUGGGUCUAGUUUCUCAGGCAGUUCAUGAUGGUGGGCGCCAUGUUUUGGGCGUUAUCCCAAAGAGCCUCAUGCCAAGAGAGAUAACUGGUGAACCUAUUGGAGAAGUGAGAGCAGUAUCUGAUAUGCAUCAAAGGAAAGCUGAGAUGGCUCGUCAAGCUGAUGCAUUCAUUGCCCUUCCUGGGGGAUAUGGUACACUCGAAGAAUUGCUUGAAAUCAUAACAUGGGCUCAGCUUGGGAUUCACAGCAAACCGGUGGGGCUCUUGAAUGUGGAUGGAUUUUACAAUUCCUUGUUGUCUUUCAUUGACAAGGCCGUUGAUGAAGGCUUUAUUUCCCCAAAAGCACGUCGCAUUAUCGUGUCAGCACCCACAGCCAAAGAAUUGGUGAGAGAGCUAGAGGAACAUGUACCUGAGAGAGAUGAAGUUGUAUCCAAGUUGGUGUGGGAAGACAGAAUAAGUUACGUGCCUGAAUCAGAAGUUGCCAUGUGACUGAUCUAUAUAUGCGCUUAGUGGGUGAUUUGAUGAAACACCAUAGUUUUGGGCAUUUUGUUAUGUUUUAAAUGUAUUUUGGGUACAUAAUAGUCAAUAUAUAUGGGCUAGGAACCUUAGGAUCAUACAGCAUCCCUUUUUUUGUUUUUUUCCCAACUUAUGUUCAUGCCCCUAUUAUACAGAAAAUUAACGAGGCUAGUUCAAAAAAUAUGGAAAAUCAUCAAUGGAAGAAUUAUGUUAUGUUA